AUGGCUAAUAAGCUGCUAGCUGCGCGCGGCGCUGGCCAGGUUGGGCAGAAGUGGCCAGCCAACUUUUUUGAGCUUGUAGAGCAGACAAAGGCCAAGUACGGCAUCUGUGACAAGGACGUCUACAACUUCAACGAAGCUAGCUUUAUGAUGGGCAAGAUCGCGACUCAGCUAGUCGUAACAGCGUCAGAGAGGAGAGGCCGGCCAAAGGCAGUUGAGCCAGGCAAUCGUGGGUGGGUGACGCUGAUCGCAGCGAUUAACGCAGCUGGCUGGGCAGUUCCACCAUUCCUCAUCUUCGCUGGCAAAUAUCAUCUAUCCGCCUGGUACGAGGAAGCAGAGAUCCCACGCGACUGGGCGAUCGCAGUCAGCGACAACGGCUGGACGAACAACGAGCUAGGUGUUGCCUGGCUAAAGCACUUUAAUGCUCACACAAAGACUCGCGUUGUCGGCACACGUCGUCUGCUUGUUCUUGACGGCCAUGAGAGCCACCAGUCUCUUGAGUUUCAAGAGCUUUGCAAGGAGAACAAUAUCUACACGCUCUGUAUGCCGCCACAUUCCUCUCACCUACUUCAACCUCUUGACGUUGGCUGCUUCUCGCCGUUGAAGCGCGCGUAUAGCCGUGAGGUAGAGAGCCUGAUACGCAACCACAUCAACCACAUCACCAAGCUUGAGUUUCUGCCAGCGUUCAAGACAGCGUUUAAUCGAUCCUUCACGCCAGCUAAUAUCCGCUCAGCCUUUUAA